AUGGCCCCCGGGCAGGGUGGCAAGAGGAAGCGCGUUGAUCGCACGUGGUCGAGUGAAUCAGCGAACAACCAAGGCCCGCGACCCUCACCUCAUCGCCCUGGAACUCUCAACAUGGCACAGCAUCCGGGUCCAGGUGGCCAUCAAGCCAGCCCUCAGCGGGAUCAAAAUGAUGUGCACAAUAGGUCGCAUCGGUCAUCAGGUCAUCAGGCCGGUGGGCGUGGCAACUCUCGCCGAGGCUCAUUUGAAGGCUCGAAUUUUUCGAAUUCGCAGAGCCGCGAACAACCCAACGCGAUGUCUCCCCCCCGGGUCCCGUCCAGAGAAGGCGCGCACCAGCCAUCUCCAUCCCCAGUCUCCGUGAAUGCUGCACCACCUACGCCUGUCCCGCAAUCGCAAUCUCCCGCAGCAGCGCGAACAAGCCUCGAAACUAAGACAAUGCAACCCCCAGUCACCCCUCACCCAUACGAGUACGAGUUUGUGACACAAAAUGCUAUCCAAAAAUGGCUACCAUCCGGAAAGGCGGCGGUGAUCAGCCAAGGCACGACGGCUCGAUUGGAGCAGAACCUCGGUUGUUUGGCUUCAAUCUUUCAGGAGCUAAUCCGAUCCGCGUUGGACGGCCGAUUGCCGCCUUCCGAGGCUGGUAAUGUUGUGAAAGAAAUCAUCGGAAAUGGAACUGGCUCAGGAACCGGCGCUGCGACAGGUGAAUCGCGGCCAACACGGGCAGAAGAUUUCGACUCCCCCUCCCUAUUCCUCGAUACGCUUUCAAUCCUAACCGAUGCCGACACAUCCCAUCCCGCCCUCAGACCCCUCGUGUUCGCAACGGAAAUUUCCCCCGAAGUUAUGCGCCUCCAGCUGGACACUCCUCUUCUGCAGUCCCUGGGAUUGGUCCGCGACACUUUCGCGCGAAUGGGCAUUCGGAAACAAACCAACCUACUCUACCGACAGUCAAAUUACAACCUUCUUAGAGAAGAAUCGGAGGGCUAUUCGAAGCUCUUGACUGAGCUCUUCACGACGAGCAGCAACGAACCUCCCUCGAGUGAGGUCGUUGAGGACACGUUCGAGAGGGUGAAGGCCAUGAUUGGCGCGUUCGACAUGGACGUCGGACGAGUAUUGGAUGUGACUUUAGACGUUUUUGCUGCAGUUUUGGUGAAGCAGUAUCGCUUCUUUGUCAAAUUACUACGAGCCAGCUCCUGGUGGCCGCAAGAGGACACCAUGCAAAGUUUGAGCGGUCUUUCUCGAGCUUCGGGGCUACCGAGGUGGGCACUUCCCGGGUCAACUGGCUGGAACACAACGGAAGAGGAACGUGCGAGCAUCUUACAAGCGAACGAGCAACGCGAUCAACUCUUCUGGGCGCGAGUGCGCGAAGUUGGUAUUCGGGCGUUCUUUGAGAUCGGCCGGCAGCCGCUCUCGGAUGAGGAGAGGAAAAAAGCCCUUCCGGAGACAAACUACUUAUCUGACGAGCAAGAAGCUACCCGGGCCUGGAUCGAGGAGACUGGAACUCUGCCACCGCAAGGUAAUCGUGUAGCAGCCCAGCUGCUUGGUUUCAAGCUUCGAUUCUAUUCGUCGUCCGCCCGAUCGAAAUCUGACAACCUUCCCGACAACCUCAUCUAUCUGGCAGCGCUGCUCAUCAAAGUCGGCUUCAUUUCCCUUCGAGACCUGUACGCGCAUCUUUGGAGGCCUGACGAGUUGAUGGACAGUCUCAAGGAGGAAAAGCUGCAAGAGAAGGCCGAGCGAGAAAAAGCCGCGCGACCUGGUGGCGGUGUGAACGCGUUGAUGCUUGCCGGUGCUCUGUCUGACGAUACGCUUCCUCCGCCUCCUCGACUUCGUGAUGCUGAAUCCAGAGUAGCAACCCCAGGUCGCGAGCAGGAUGCUGGAAAACAAGCAGCCACAAACCCCGAGGAUGCUUUGCCCGAUCCUUCCGACCAGAAGGUGCUGCUCUUGAAGAGUCUUCUCGCAAUCGGCGCAAUUCCAGAGUCAUUGUUUGUCAUGAGCCGGUUUCCGUGGUUGAUGGACGGUUAUCCUGAAUUGCCAGAUUUCAUUCACCGCAUUCUCCAUCACUCUUUGAGCAAAGUGUAUACGCCGCUUCAGCCCCUAUCCGACGUUGACGAUAUUCCUGGCAACCAGCAUUUGCUGAGUUCUGAUCAAGCUGGGGUACCCAGAGGUCAGAUCCGCUUGGCGGAUGCACCGCCCCGUCGCGUGCUUCGUUGGGCCCAACUUGACACAGAAGAUACAAACGAGGGCAUUGCUUAUCGUUUCUACUGGGACGAUUGGGCAGACAAUAUCCCUGUUUGCCAGUCUGUCGACGACGUCUUUGCUCUGUGCUCAUCUUUCUUGAACCUCUCGGGGCACAAGAUCGGUCAAGACGCAAGUCUUCUUACAAAGCUCGCGCGUAUUGGUGCGGACAGUCUUGCCAAGGACGGCUCCGAGCCAAAUAAAACUCGUUGGCGAGAUCUCUGCAAGCGACUACUUUUGCCUGCAAUCAGUUUGACCAAGGCUAACCCUGGUGUCGUGAACGAGGUGUUUAAUCUCAUUAGCAUGUUCCCUCGCGAGGUGCGGUACAACAUGUAUGCUGAGUGGUACUUUGGACAGACCUCGAGGCUGCCUGACAUUCAGUCUGCAUUCAAACAAGCAACAGCGGAGACCAAGGAUGUUCUGAAGCGCCUCAGCAAGACCAACACUCGGCCCAUGGCCCGCGCUCUGGCUAAGAUUGCCUAUGCUAAUCCUGGUAUUGUCAUCAAUGUUGCCAUCGGCCAGAUCGAGUCGUAUGAGAACCUCAUCGAGGUAGUCGUCGAAUGUGCUCGCUACUUCACAAACCUUGGCUACGAUAUUCUUACCUGGUCGCUGAUCAACUCCCUGGGCCAAAAAGGCAGAAGCCGGGUGCAAGAGGGCGGUCUUCUCACAAGCCGAUGGCUGAAUGCAUUGUCCACUUUUGCCGGUCGAACAUUUAAACGCUACUCCGUGAUGGAUCCAGCACCUUUGCUCCAAUAUGUUGUGGAACAGUUGCGCCGCAAUAACUCAACCGAUCUCAUUGUACUCGAGCAAUUGAUUAGUUCGAUGGCUGGCAUCAUUACAGACACAAACUUCAAUGACGCUCAGAUCCAGGCCAUGGCAGGUGGUGAAGUCCUUCAGGCGCAGACAAUUCUUCAACUCCUGGACAAGCGCCACGAAUCGAAAACUACCUCGAAGCGCCUCCUGAAAUCUUUGACCCACACCAGGCUCGCUGGGCAGUUGCUGGUUGCGAUUGCCCAAGAACGAAUGACUUGCAUCUUCAAUGAGUCGUCCUCAGAGCUCAAACUUCUGGGAAACAUCUUUGAUGAAAUUCAUCGGAUUUUGACUCAGUAUCUCGAUCUUCUGCGGAGCAACUUGUCUAUCGAAGAGUUUGACUCAUUUGUCCCUGAUUUUGCUUCUUUGGUCAAGGAAUUCGGUAUUCAGCCUGAGAUCGCUUUCUGGAUUCGUCGCCCCAGUGUUUCUCGAAAGAUAACCGAGAGCGAGCUCAUCUUGCCAAAGGGUGACGGGUCUUCCUCGACAAACAUGGACACCGAAGCUCAGAAGUCUCAGUCAAAUGAGGACAACAAGAUGGACCUUGACGAGACGGAGGCACUCGCGAAGAGCAAUGAGAACGCAGACCUUGGGGCCAUGGACAUUGACAAACCAGAACAGCCCACUUCGGCGUCAUCGAACGAAGCUGCCAUCACGCCUCUGGUAACCAAUCCGGUCAUGCAAGAUCUGAUCGAGACUGUCAAAUCCUCACUUCCGGCCGAAAUCUGGGAGAGAGUUGGUGCUCACUUUUAUGCGACUUUCUGGCAGCUCUGUCUCUACGAUGUGCACGUUCCCGAAAAGUCCUACGACGAAGAGCGUCGCCGCUUGCAGCGACGCGUCACUGCACUUAACAAUGAUCGAUCAGAUCUGAGCAUGGCCGGUAUGCAGCGAAAAGACCAGACGAGACGAAGCCUAAAUCAACUCCAAGACCAGCUACUUUCCGAACUCAAGGCACAUACCCAGGCAUAUGCCCAGACUCGGGGGCGACUGCAAAAGGAAAAGGAGCGUUGGUUCUCCCAUAUGCGAUUGAAGUACGAUCCGCUCAAUGUUGCCCUUUUGGAGCAGUGUUUCAUUCCCCGCCUGCUCCUAUCUCCGGUCGAUGCCUUCUUCUCCUUCAAGAUGCUCAAGUUUCUUCACCAUUCUGGCACGCCGAAUUUCCGCACCAUGGGUCUUCUCGAUCAACUUUUCCGGGAGCACAGACUUGUUGCUCUCAUUUUUCUUUGCACCUCCAAGGAGGCGGACAACCUUGGUCAUUUCCUUGGCAAGGUGUUGGGCGAUUUGAGCGAGUGGCAUGCUAACCAGGCAGUCUACGAGAAGGAGGCCUUUGGUUCCAAGAGAGACUUGCCAGGAUUUGCAAAGAAGCUCGAUACUGAUGGAGUACCUGUUGUCUUCCUCGACUACGAAGAUUUCCGACGUCUUCUUUACAAAUGGCAUCGGCUCGUCAACAAUGCACUGCAAACCUGCCUUAAAGGGGGAGAGUACAUGCAUAUCCGGAAUGCCAUCAGUAUUCUCAAGGCUAUCGUCCCGUCUUUCCCCGCGGUCAACUGGAUGGGCACACAGCUGUUGGAAACGGUCAAUCAACUCAGCAAGAAUGACGAACGAGACGAUGUCAAGAUUCCCGCCGCCUCUCUGAUCGGUGAUUUCAACCGACGAUCCAAGAAAUGGAUGCUCCCUCAGCAGUUCUACCUCAACAAUAGCAACGUUCCCGAUGCGCAUGAGAAAGCUCACUCGCAGCCGCCAAAGACCGAUGUAUCUCGACCGCAGUCCGCCACUCCUACGCCACUAAACGCGUCCGCGCCGGAAUUCAAGCCGGUUUUGCAAGAUUCUGUCGAGGCUUCAAAACACGAUGCCGUGGGUAAAAUUGAGUUCGAGGACGGGGAAAUCGAAGACGCGAGAAUGACCGAUGCAGCGUCGUCAAAGGGGGCGGAAGAACCGUAUCCCACUCGGCCCUCCUCGAAGCCAGCGGAAGGGUCCUUUGAAGCAGAGAACGUAGAGAGCGGCGCAGAGAUCGACCGCCUGCAAGCCCCUUCGAACGAGCCGCGCGGAGAAAGGGCUUCGUCGCGCACGAGACCUAGCCUGAAGGGUUCUGAAUUAGGACGCCAGCCUGACAUUCCAAAGCGGCCUGAUGUCGAACGAGCCUUACCUAUCAACCCUCGCCAACAGGCCCGUCUUCCUCGUCAUACCGCAACCGAUACUCGACUACCACCUCGCCCAGACCUCAUGGAUGAGCGACGCGACCGGCACCAGCAGGAUUUCAACCCACGUACUCGCCACGCUGGUCUGGAACAUCCCCGCUUCGAUCCUACUGGGACUGACGUUCGAGGCCAUGGUCGGAUGGGCGACCGGGAUCGCGAAUUCCCGAUGAGACCGCCUCCUAUGGACGAGCCAAUGCGUGGCCCUCCGUACCGGGACGGAGGUCGCCCACCGCGAGAUGCAGACUGGCCUGGCGAUCGUCCUCCACGCUUACGGCGCGAAUCAUUCCACAGUCGCGAGGGAGGGCCUCGUGGCGAUCUUUUGCCUGAGUUCCCAGACCGCCCCGCCGCCGAGGGUCCUCGUCGUGGUGAUCAACCUGCCCGAACGGAGAAGGACGAUCGUCGCUCCUUUCCACAGCGAGGUCCCACGCCCCCGCGUGUGGACUUGCCUAGCCGUCCAGAACGGUUUCCUGAAGACCGUAGAUCAGCAAGUUUCCCACAACCGGGUCUGCCAGCUGGUGAAAUUCCGCGGGGUCCUCGUGCGACCCACGAUCAGGUGGGCCCGGAUAUGAGCCAUGGUCGUUUGCGACAGCCUGACCAGCCGAUGGAUAUCCCGUCUGGUCCUCGACAGAGAAACCGCGGACGAAACGUGUCCGCCCAGCAACCUGGGACAAGCCAAGGCAGCGGCAAUGUCAAAGCUCCCACCCCCGAGCGGCAGGUCCCAACGGGUCCUGGCCGUGGUGGUCGUGGGCCACCCGAGCAGCCUCCUAGUACCCCAGUGGCCUCUGGAGAGCGUCUCGAUGUCACGGGCAUUCAUCCGGAUCGACUGAACAACAUUUCAGGCCCCCGUGGUGGCCCUGGUCAGCAGCAGCAAGGACCGCGCGGACCUGGUGGAGACCGAGGACGUGGAGACAAACGCUUCGCUGCCCUCAACAACAUGCUGCAGCAGACCAACAGUCCCACUGAACGCACCAAUGUUACCAACAAUAACAUGACGCCACCGGUUCGAGGACGAGGCUCAAACCGCCAACCACCUUCCUCAAACAAUGAGUCUCCCCGGCCACCCACUGGUCCCAUCGCCGGUGACGACGAUGGACAACCUCGCAAUCGACCGGACAGCCGAGGCGAUCUGAUGGAUGACAGUGCUGCACCCGAUAAUCGUCGAACUGGCCGAGGUGGUGAUCGGGAUAAGAAUCGCGACCAAAACCGGGAUCGCGGACGUCGCGGCGGUCUUGGUGGUGGCAAUAUGGAUGACGAAUCAGGCAAUGCUCGUCGUGAUCGCGGGCGUGACUCUGAUCGUGAACGCAAUCGUCGGAGUGAUAUCGGCGCGAAUGUUCCGGGUCGUGACGACAAGGACCGCGAGCGCGAAAGAUACAACGAACCUCGCGAAAAUCAACGACGAAACCAGGGCACGCGGGAGGAGAUGCGCCGACGAGAUCGGCGCGAUCGCGACGAUGCACCCCCCGACCAAGGUGGUCCUGUUCCCCCUAGUGGUAACCCCCAUGAUGGUGAAGGACGUCUCCGUCCACCCUCUUCAAUGGGGGGACCUCCCCCUCCCCCUCCCCCACCACCGCCUCCUCCCCCUCCCGGGUCCGGAGAAGAGGCCAAUGCCCGUCGCUGGGGCCCUGGAGGAGAGCGAGGUAACCGUCCGGAAAACAGGGAUCGCGAGCGCGAGCGUCGAGACCGUGGACGAGACCGCGACGGUCAUCACCGUGAGAGUGGCGGUGGUUCCACGCAUCGCAAGCGUGGACGACCUAAUAACCCCGAGGACAACGCUGGGGGUGACAUGAAUGGCCGUGGGCCGAGAAUGGGUGGUGACAACAAACGCCCUCGUCGUGGACAGUAG